CGUAGCACGCGGAGGGCGUGGUCGACUUGUGAAAUGUCAGGGAGGAAUGGCGCUCGGCGCGGUAUUUUGAACAAUCGCCUUUUCCUUUCCUCGUUUUAUCUGGAAACGUUGCCCGGCGUCAAAAUCUUGGAGAGCUGAGACUUUGCAAGCAUGGACGUGGUGUCGCCAGAUCUCAACAGCCUCCUUCCUGAUGAGAUCAUGGAUACUGAGGCCAUAGAGGACAUCCCUCACUCCCAUCCCGACAGCACCUCGGUCCAGUCAGAGCCCAACGAUGACACACCGGUGCCAAUGGAAACGGAUACGCCCAUGGCUUCGGAAAAUUUGAGCCUCUGUUCAAAUGUCACUUCAACAGAGCCCACUCAGGCUCUCACCACCUCCGCCGCCACAGACACCAUACUCAGCAUCAGCUCCGGAAGUCAGCUUCCGAUGUCAAUUUCCACUACAUCGUCAUCCCUUCUUACCCUCAAACCAGGCAUGGCUACUUCCAUAGCCACUACCAAAACUACAGAUAGUUUGACUGGGACUAGUAUCUCUACAAGUGGAUUACAGAAGUUAACGGCUCCGUUUGCCAUCUCUGCUGCAAACCACCAGAUCAUUCUCAACAAGGUGGCCUCGUCUCAAGCCACAGAAGCAGCAAAGUCGGCGGGUACUCAGCCGCAGGUCAUCAAGCAGGAAGGACAAAAACUUUUGGUUACAGCAAUAGGAAAGUCGGGGCAACCUAUAGUGCUGCAGUUACCCCACACAGGCAGCAAGCCUGGCAUUUCACAGAUGUCAGGAGACCCCAAAUCUCAAGCUCCACAGUUUAAAGUGGUGACUAUUGGUGGGAGGUCCGAGCUGAAGCCAGCGAUGGGGAGUGCUGGCAACCAGAUGACCACAUUACAGGCCCAGCAGCUGAAGACCUUACAGAUUGCUAAGAAAACACCGACAUCGUCAGCUGCGCCGAUAAAGUUUAUCAUCACAAAAACUGUUAACAGCAAAGGUCUAAGUCCUCAGACAACAGUAUCUCCUGUUAUUGCGGGACGGGCCCUCACACAGAAUUCCCCAGUGAUGCCCCCGAGGACGAUCACUCUGUCUGAGUCCCUCAACACUAGUAUACAAAGUAUCUCCGGCAAAAAGAUUGCUAUUUCACCCCUUAAGACUCCCAGCAAGGUGACGGUGGUAUCUGUGGCUUCCCCGACCUCCAACGCCACUCAGAAGUCAGUGGCGCUGCCUGUGAAUGUAGCACUCGGCCAGCAGAUCCUCACAGUCCAACAGGCCACAUCUGCAUCUCCAGUCAAGGUGGCCACCAGCCAAAACACAACACAGAAUAUUAAACAAGUGCAGUCUGUGGCUGUGAGCGGAGUCGCCGGCUCUCAGUUCAAGACCAUCAUCCCACUAACCAGCCAGCCGAAUGUGCAGCAGAUUCAGGUUCCAGGGAGCCGGUUUCACUACGUCCGCCUCGUCACGGCAACCACAGCGAGCAGCGCGGGACAGCCCAGUGGUCCCAGCACCAGCUCUUUACAGACAGCUAAACCUAUGGUGGUCAGUACAGGAGCAGUCAGGAUGUCGGUCCCGAUCGUUCCAGCACAGACCAUCAAACAGAUGGCACCUAAACCCUUAACAUCAGCAGCCGUAGUAACCACCACUCAGACCCAGCAACGCCUCAUCAUGCCUGCAACUCCACUGCCCCAGAUCCAGCCCAACUUCACCAACCUCCCCCCCGGCACCGUUCUGGCCCCAGCUCCAGGAGGCGGGAACGUCGGCUAUGCAGUCGUGCCAGCACAAUAUGUCACACAGCUCCAGCAGACUCCAUUUGUGACCCUCGCCAGCAGCUCUGGUUUCCCCGCGUCCACUGCUAUCCAGACUCAGGCCAGAUUGCCACUCAAUGGCUUGUCAACAGCAGAAGCGACCUCAAGACCAAGGAAACCAUGCAACUGCACCAAGUCGCAGUGUCUCAAACUAUACUGUGACUGCUUUGCAAAUGGAGAGUUCUGCAAUAAUUGUAACUGCAAUAACUGCUUCAAUAACUUGGAACAUGAAACAGAACGUCUCAAAGCUAUUAAGACGUGUCUGGAGCGCAACCCAGAGGCCUUCAAACCUAAAAUUGGCAAAGGCAAAGAAGGAGAGUCAGACCGUCGGCACAGCAAAGGGUGCAACUGCAAACGAUCCGGCUGCCUGAAGAACUACUGCGAGUGUUACGAGGCGAAGAUCAUGUGCUCGUCCAUUUGUAAGUGCGUUGGCUGCAAGAACUUUGAGGAGAGCCCAGAGAGGAAGACACUGAUGCACUUGGCUGAUGCCGCGGAAGUCAGGGUACAGCAGCAGACCGCCGCUAAGACCAAGCUGUCGUCGCAGAUCUCAGACCUGCUCAUGCGGACGACGCCUGUUAUUUCAAGUGGAGGGGGGAGGAUGCCAUAUACGUUUGUAACAAAGGAGGUGCUCGAAGCGACGUGCGAGUGUCUACUGGAACAGGCCAAAAAGGCGGAACAGCCUCAGGUGGAAGCAGAGAGGAUGAUCCUGGAGGAGUUUGGACAUUGCCUCAUGAGGAUAAUCAGCUCCGCGGGGAAAGCCAAAGCAGACUGUGCCUCCAUCAACUGCUAGGCCGAGCACUCUGGCUCUCUCCGCCCUCUAACCCGAGCCCAGCUGUGGGGGGCCGAGAGGCAGGGAUUACUAUGCACUCCCUGUCUCGGACCCCCCUGGGGGUUGUCUCCCUCAUCAAAAAAAGGCAGAACAAUGGCCUGAAAGUAGAUUCCCCUGCCUUGGGCGAGCUAAGGUCAGCUGGAAUAAUAAACAUGGAACAGAUGUUUGCAAACUGAAGGACAAAUGGGCAGAGCACCCCGCCUCUGAUGGACUUUCAAAGCUGUUCUCACACUUUGUUCACCUGGCUGUCACGGACAGAAAUGACUCUGAACAAGGCAGUGCUGAACAGGGAUUUAAACGUUUCUUCACUUUAUUUUCCCUACAGGGCCCUUUUCAGAUCUGUUUGUGUUCUCCAAACUUUUGUUCUAUUUUAUUCUAUUCUAUUUUCUUUUAUUCUUUCCCUCUUUUUUUUUGAGGAUUUUGGAAAAGAAAUGCCUGUAACUCUGAUGUAAUCAUUUGUGCUUACAGUAGACAAACAGAACAUGUAUCUUUUUGAUAUUUAUUUUGACAAGUAUUUGUAAUCAUUGUGAGCGCUAAUAUUGUGUGGCUUAUAGUGCCGCAAACUAUUAAUUAUUAACUAAAGCUAGGCUAAAUUGUUUCAAUAAAAAAUGAGUAGGGGCGCUCUUAGGUUUAUCCCUAAAGGUAAUUGUAAGAUAAAUGCACACACAUAAUUAAUUAUGCACACACACACCCACACACACAGAGCUUUGCUCAGAAUAGUUGGAACAUGGCUAGAUUGGCGGUUUGUUUUCUGUGUUAUCAGUUACAGUACUUACUGUACAUUAAAAACACCAUGAAUGGAAAACCAAUUGAGACCUAUUACGACUUGUUAAAUGAUGUUCCAAACUAGAGGCAAGCAGGUUAACGUAACACACACAGGGCUGCAACUAACGAUUAGUUUCAGUCGAUUAUUUUCUUGAUAAAUUGAUUAGUUGUUUUGGUCUAUAAAACGUCAGAAGAUGGUGAAAAAUCAGUGUUUCCCGAAGCCCAAGAUGACGUCCUCAAAUGUCUUGUUUUUGCCCACAACUCAAAGAUAUUCAGUUUACUGUCACAGAGGAGAGAAGAAACUAGAAGAUAUUCACAUUUAAAGCUGGAAUGAGAAUAUUUACUUUUUUUUUUUUUUUUUUACAAAAAGUAUUCAAACCAAUUAGUCCAUUAUCAACAUAACAGUUGACAACUAAUCGAUGAAUCUAAUCACACGGACAAAGAGCAAAUGACGGUAACCUGAUCCGUCCGAGGCUGGUCUGAUGUCAUAGGGGCACAAAUGAAGAGCAAACAAGGGAGAUAAACAUUCAUUUAGACAUUUUAUUUUUUUGUUUUAUUGAGCAUUAACAUUAGAAGUUACUUGUUUACAAAGCAAUGCACAAACGCACAAGUACAAUGCUCACAUUUCACCUUUUUUUUUUUUUUCUCUCUCCCCACCCCCAUUUUGACAUUUUAUAACAGGAAAAAUACAGUGGUAAUUAAUAUUUACUUUGCAUGUUCCAAGGUCUUGGUAUUGUGUUUGCUGGCAUCACUUUAGGCACCAGUAUACACCAACAGAUCUGCCUGUCAGAUGCCCGAACAGCUUUGGAAACCCCCUUCUCCCCACGCUUUUUCGGUUGUGUGUUGUGAGGCUGUGUCCAAAUUAUUUUAACUUUUCAAAAACCGGCCACCUCACACUCGCACCCACCUCACACCGCGUUUGGCCGGCUAUGUGGAGGUGAGAAAUGAGCCAGGGUUUGAACUCUACACAACUAUUGCUGUCAUUUUUUAUGAGAACAACCGAGUGCAUUGCUAUGAAUGUCUUCCAGGUGAGACUGUCUGAAAAUGAGCACAGUUAUCUCUGUAUUUAAACCAUCACGUCUCCCUGCUCUCUAGGACGGACGGCGUUUCAAUCGGCCUUCCAGUCUGGCUGCUCA